AUGCCGCCUAGUAACCCAUUGCCACCCAAAGAAAAUGCACUUUUCAAAAGAAUUUUGCGCUGCUACGAACACAAACAAUACAAAAAUGGCUUGAAAUUUGCCAAGCAGAUAUUGUCUAACCCUAAAUUCGCAGAGCAUGGAGAAACAUUGGCUAUGAAAGGACUAACUCUGAAUUGCUUGGGUCGCAAAGAAGAAGCUUAUGAGUAUGUCCGCCGAGGACUCCGCAAUGACCUUAAGUCUCCCGUGUGCUGGCAUGUGUAUGGUCUGCUCCAGCGAUCUGACAAAAAGUAUGAUGAGGCAAUUAAAUGUUACCGAAAUGCUCUCAAGUGGGAGAAGGAGAACAUUCAGAUUCUCCGUGAUUUGUCGUUGUUACAAAUUCAAAUGCGUGACUUGGAAGGGUACAAAGAUACCCGUUACCAGUUGUUUAUGCUCAGACCUACACAGAGAGCGUCCUGGAUUGGUUUUGCUAUGAGUUAUCACCUUCUUGGUGACUAUGAGAUGGCAAUCAGCAUCCUGGAUGCUUUCCGUACAAAUCAGAUGAAGGGAACUGAUGAUUACGAGCAUUCAGAGUUGCUGUUGUACCAGAAUAUGGUGCUUGCGGAGUCUGGACAGUACGAAAGAGCUUUGCAGCAUUUACAAAAGUUCUCGUCGCAAAUCCUUGACAAGUUAUCUAUUAAGGAAACCUCUGGCGAAUAUUAUUUGAAGUUGAAGAGAUUUAAGGAAGCAGAAUCUGUUUAUGAAGACUUACUGAAGAGAAACCCUGAAAAUGUGAUGUAUUAUGAAAAGUUAAUAGAAGCUAAACAACUUGUUGAUCCUGAUGAGAAAGUGGCCUUCUUUGAAGUUUAUAAGAAAGAAUUCCCUAGAGCGAUAGCGCCGCGCCGGCUACAGCUGACGGAGGCGCUUGCGCAGCCUGUGUUCGAGAAACUAGUUGAUGAGUACCUUAGACACGGAUUACAUAAAGGAAUACCCCCGCUAUUUGUUGAUCUCAGUAGUAGUAGUUAUAGAUGUAUGAUAUUGACCCCGCAGCACGCCGGCGACCCAGUGUCGGCGUACCAGUGGCUGGAGGAGGCGCAGGCGAUGGACACGGCCGACCGGUACGUCAACAGCAAGUGCGCGCGGUACAUGCUGCGCGCCGGACAUGUCAAGCGCGCUGAGGACAUGUGCGCCAAGUUCACUAGAGAAGGAGUGCCAGCGACAGAGAACCUGAACGAGAUGCAGUGCAUGUGGUUCCAGACGGAGGCUGCGGCCGCGUACAAACGUCUGCAGCAGUGGGGAGAGGCGCUCAAGAAGGCGCACGAAGUCGAUAGGCAUUUCUCCGAGAUAAUGGAGGAUCAGUUCGACUUCCACUCGUACUGUAUGCGCAAGAUGACGCUGCGGUCAGAAAGUGACAAGUGA